UUUUCAUGCAUUGUCAUGAAUGCAACUGUCCAAGUUUACAUCGUGUUUAUUUAACUAUUGAAAAAAUUUCGCUUAUUCGACAAAAACAUGGAUUCCGACGAUAACUGUUUAAUUAUAGACGAAAGUGUGUCAACAACCUCAAAUCAAACUCGUUCUGAAUCAGAUGAAAAUCAAAACGGUGCUAUUAACAAUAAUGUGAAUAACAAAGAAAGUGAUGUUUCAAAUGCAUCGACACCAAAGCCAUCUGACGAAACAAGCACGUCACGUUCAAAAGAACGUAGCGGUACCGAAAAAUCGAAAACCAAAGAAAAAACCAAAACCACAACACCAUUCAAAGAGAAAAGGCGCAGUUCAUCGCAUCGUGCACACUAUAUUCGCCUGUCAUCGUCGGUAUUGAAAGAAAAAAAAUUGCACAUCAUCGCUUACAAGCAUCAGUUGUAUAACAUGCACUUUUCACUAAAAGGAAGCCUACUGAUGGGCGAAACACCUUCAGCAUAUCCAACACCACCAGCAUUUCCCGAUCUCAGUUUGACACAAUUGCUGCAUUGGCCUGGAAUUAAACUUAACAUUAGUUUCGAUCAUUUCAUAUUCAAUCAUGAGAUUAAAGACAAUUGUGAACGUGACAUUGUUUUCGGCGAAGAAAUUUUGGUGAAUAUUGACAAGGAAACGAAUCCAUCAGAAACCAGAUACCUUCAACAAGUACCAUCUAGCAAAACGUAUCCAAUGGUGUCUACAGAAUUGAUGGAAACAUACGUAAAAACGUUCAUGGAAGCUGCACCGCAUUAUGAUGUUGCCCAAUCAAAGUUGCCCGAAAUUGAACAAUCGUUUGGAACAAUAAUCGAUGACAUUUCGAGCGUUGGAGAGUCUAUACAAACCCGAGUAACGCACUCGCGUUUUUUGAAUGGCCAAAAAUAUUUCCGCAUUUUUGACAAUGAGCCGCCAGAAAACGUCAAUGCUGUCGGAGCAUCCACCGCUUACAACAACAACGCCAAUAAGAAUAAUUUGAAGGUUAGGUUGAGAGAAACAAUAAACCCCGAGGUCCUCUUUUGGAUUACUCAUUGCCAAUUCACAUCUGAUCAAAUUAACCAAUGGUAUCAUGAUUUGAAUGAUUAUUUCGAUGGUUUAUUAGUCAAACGCAAUAUGGCUAAAAAAGAAUUGUUACGAGAUCGAUUCAAAAAGUGUCUCACACUAAAAUGUGAAAAAUGCAACGAAACAUUUGAUGGUGCUCUGUGGUCAGUAAAACUAAAGGAUCACAUCAAACAAAAGCAUUUGGUCGACGAAGAUUGGAUCUGCGUAAAAUGUUUGCGAUCAUGGAACCAAUAUGAAUUGUUGCAAAUGGGAUGGAAACAUGACUGUACAACUGGAAAUUAGUUCAAAAACGAGCAUAAAUCAAACACGAUGUUGCCAACCAUUUUUUUUCUGAUCAACUCUGGCCAUUAAGUACCAAACCAUAUGCAUAUAAUAUGCAACAAAACGUCACUCAUACAUACAUCAUUUAGGAAACCAAGAUAUUUAAAAGAAAAAAAGCGAUAAAGAUAAACACUUAACUUUUUUGUACCAUAAAUAUUCAUCUUCAUUAUUUGAUUAACAAUUUUAGUACAAAUUCCAUGUAAUGUCUUUAAGUAUAAUUCCAAAAAAACGCUUCGUAAAUGAAACCAAAUCAAAUUAGACUAUAUUUAGGGAGUUAUA